AUGCCUGUUAUCAUUCGGCCACAGCCUGAAAAGGUGGGUGUCAAUAUGGACCGCGUCGUAAGAUCCUCUCGCAAACUUCUUGCCACCACGUCGAAGGAAUGGACUGCAGAGAGACCUGGGUGGGGGCAGACCAACAAACGACAGACUCCCGAGGAUCGGCUAGUUCUGCGCUCUUCUUUCGAAAAUCUCGAGCCCGCCAGCGCCAACAUUAUUCCCUACAGAAACGGCCUCGUUCAUGGAAUCAUUCGAGCCUUUCAACAGGAACUUCACCUUGUGCUCCGGCCUGACGAUGUUUGGCAGGCUGUUCUGGUCCAAUUCAACUUCUACGUCAACGCACAUGCCGAAGAACUACGACACUUCUUUGUCACUCACAAGGAGAAAGAAGACCUUGUACUCGACAUGCGUCCCAUCCCACUUCUCGAUAUUGAUUUCCAAGAGGCUUCCGAGAAGUUCAUCGACCUUAUGAAGCCCUUUCUCGUGGACAAGAGCCUCUCCGAAUGGCUCCUGCCUGCCUUCACUACCACAACCGCGAACGACAAGACAGUCGCCGCCCUGACUGUGAUGUCUACAAUGAAGAAAUAUUUCGACUAUACACUCCUAUGUGGCGGAUGUGGUUUCCCUUCUGUGACCUUGGAAGGUGAGAAGAAGGACUGGGAGCUUCUAGCAGCAAAGAUCCGAAAGCUUGCUGAUUAUGGAGAUGAACCGGCCGAUUGGUCUGUAUACCUCGUCAAGGUCGUCGAGAAGAUGAUCGAAAGCUUUGAUAAGCCUGAUGAUGACAACGUCAAGGCUUUCUGGAUGCGAGCUUGCCACGCUGCGGGACAAGACGGUUCAGGGUCGGUCGAGACCUUAUCAGGAUGGCUUACAGCAUUUUGCUACUGGGGGGAUGAUGGUAAGCGGGUAAGCCACUGGUCCGAUGAAGGUCUGGGAAAAUUGAUGCCGGAAGUUGAUCGUCUACGACUUACCCUUCAUGGCACUCCGUUCCCGGUCAUCUCCCGCAGUCAGGUGCCUAAGGCUGUGACAGAAGUGCCCAUCAUCGUGAAAGACUACGAGACGUAUAUGGUGCAUGAAACAACCGUUAUCGCGGGUCAGAUGGCAAUGAAGGGUGCUCAGAUGGAGGACAAGUCUCGGAUCACCCAUGUCCAGCCGAUGUCUGGCUGGUGGAUGUUGGAGGACAAGACAUACCCAUUCACGCCAUGA